AUGCUGUUCCCUCCCACCCCCGUCUGUCCGUCUGCUGGAGACACGAGCCGCAGCCUCAGAGCGGACCGGACCGGCCAGCACCGCCCCUUCAUGCAUGUCAUCCGGGAUCCGGUCCCGGUCCUGAACCCGGUCCGGGAUCAGGUCCCGGUCCUGAACCCGGUCCUGGAUCCGGUCCCGGUCCUGAACCCGGUCCUGGAUCCGGUCCCGGUCCUGAACCCGGUCCUGGAUCCGGUCCCGGUCCUGGAUCCAGUCCCGGACCCGGUCCGGGAUCAGGUCCCGGUCCUGGAUCCGGUCCCGGUCCUGGAUCCGGUCCCUGAACCCGGUCCUGGAUCCGGUCCGGGAUCAGGGUCCUGGAUCCGGUCCCUGAACCCGGUCCUGGAUCCGGUCCGGGAUCAGGUCCCGGUCCUGGAUCCGGUCCCGGUCCUGGAUCCGGUCCCGGUCCUGAACCCGGUCCUGGAUCCGGUCCCGGUCCUGAACCCGGUCCUGGAUCAGGUCCCGGUCCUGAACCCGGUCCUGGAUCCGGUCCCGGUCCUGAACCCGGUCCUGGAUCCGGUCCCGGUCCUGGAUCCAGUCCCGGACCCGGUCCGGGAUCAGGUCCCGGUCCUGGAUCCGGUCCCGGUCCUGGAUCCGGUCCCUGAACCCGGUCCUGAUCCGGUCCGGGAUCAGGUCCCGGUCCUGGAUCCGGUCCCGGUCCUGGAUCCGGUCCCGGUCCUGAACCCGGUCCUGGAUCCGGUCCCUGAACCCGGUCCUGGAUCCGGUCCGGGAUCAGGUCCCGGUCCUGGAUCCGGUCCCGGUCCUGGAUCCGGUCCCGGUCCUGAACCCGGUCCUGGAUCCGGUCCCGGUCCUGAACCCGGUCCUGGAUCCGGUCCCGGUCCUGAACCCGGUCCCCUUCCUGAACCCGGUCCGGGAUCCGGUCCGCAGAGGAACGUUCAGCCUGCAGAGAAGCUCAGCAGAACAUUCUAG